CCCUUCACAUUCCAGUCGUGUCUCCCCAAACUUUUUCAAUCCGUUUCAUCCGCCUUUUUCAUCUCGGUACUUAAAAAAGAUCAAAAACAAGUUAAAAAUUGUUUGUUCAGCACACAGUAUGGCUACAUCUGACGUUGCGCGACAAGGGGAGAGAAAUGCUCGUCCUUUGUCCCUGUCCGGUCACGUGGGCUUUGACAGCUUACCAGACCAGCUGGUCAACAAAUCCACCAGUCAGGGAUUCUGUUUCAACAUCCUGUGCAUAGGAGAGACGGGUAUAGGGAAGUCCACUCUGAUGGACACCCUGUUCAACACCAAUUUUGAGAACUUUGAGUCGUCUCAUUUCGAACCACGUGUGAAGCUGCGUGCACAGACGUACGAUCUGCAGGAGAGCAACGUUCGCCUCAAACUCACCAUUGUCAACACAGUGGGCUUCGGAGACCAGAUGAACAAGCAAGAGAGCUACCAGCAUGUGGUGGAUUACAUCGACACGCAGUUCGAGUCCUACCUGCAGGAAGAGCUGAAGAUCAAACGCUCCCUGCAUAACUACCAUGACUCGCGCAUCCACGCCUGCCUGUAUUUCAUCGCCCCCUCUGGCCACUCGCUGAAAUCGCUCGACCUUGUCACCAUGAAGAAACUGGACAGUAAGGUGAACAUAAUCCCAGUCAUUGCGAAGGCAGACACCAUCUCUAAGAGUGAGCUGCACAAGUUUAAGAUCAAGAUCAUGAGUGAACUGGUCAGUAAUGGAGUGCAGAUCUAUCAGUUUCCCACCGAUGACGAGACCGUCUCCAAGAUCAACACUGCCAUGAACGGUCAUCUGCCCUUUGCAGUGGUGGGUAGUACAGAGGAGGUGAAGAUUGGGAAUAAGAUGGUGAAAGCUCGCCAGUACCCGUGGGGUGUGGUGCAGGUGGAGAACGAGAACCAUUGUGACUUUGUGAAGCUGCGGGAGAUGCUGAUCUGUGUGAACAUGGAGGAUCUCCGCGAGCAGACACACACACGCCACUACGAGCUCUACAGGCGCUGUAAGCUAGAGGAGAUGGGCUUCAGAGACACUGACCCAGAGAGCAAACCCGUCAGCCUGCAGGAGACAUAUGAGGCGAAGCGUCAGGAAUUCUUGCAGGAGCUUCAGCGGAGGGAGGAGGAGAUGAGGCAGACAUUUGUGCAGCGCGUCAAGGAGAAGGAGGCAGAGCUAAAGGAGGCAGAGAGAGAGCUGCAGGGGAAGUUCGAGCAGUUAAAGCGCCUGCACAUGGAGGAGAAGAGCAAGCUGGACGAGAAGAGGAAAUCCCUGGAGGAUGAGAUGAGCUCCUUCAGCAAGAAGAAGGCAGCUGCUGAGCUGCUGCAGGGCCAGGCCUUCACCGCCAACUCCAACCUCAAGAAGGACAAAGAUCGCAAAAACUCUGGGUUCAUGUGAGAAGACCUGGAAGGAUUCGUCACGAAGACCAGUAAACUCGGAACGGAUGUGUUUGCCCAUCCUGCAAAUGCUAUCUGCGUUAUCUGCGUUGUUUGUAUCUGUUUUUAUUGUUCAAGUAUAUCAGCAGGACUGCUGUGUGUAUCAUUUGUAUAACACCAAGUUUUAGAUGUACUUUCACUAAGAUGUAUUUUGGUUUGAGUGCUGCCACUAGGGGGCAGCAACCCUCCUCAUCUUUUAUUAUGUUGAUGUUGGGAUCAAAGUGCCUUUGACAAGAUUGUGCCUUAAUGAUGGAUUAUCAUCCAAAACAGUUUAUUUACAGUUUUAAUAUUUUGUGUUGGAGGAAAAAAAACACUAAGACAUACGAGGCAGUAGGUCCCUCAGACAGUGAACUGCUGUUACAGAAUAACAUUUCUGCAUAUAAUGUAAAGGCGGAUGUGUACUAAUGCAGCCACGUUAGCAGAACUGCCAUGUUUACACUUUUUGAGUUUAGCCAAGUAACACUAAUUAGACAAACCUCAAAUGUUGUAUCUGUGUGUGUUUUUUUAUCAUGUUAAAUUUCACACUUGUUCCAUUUCCCAUACUGUAAUCUUUUGGGUCAGAUGCAAUUGGUACCUACUUCCUGUACGUUGCAUUGACUUCCAUGUUGAUCUUCUUGAAGCCAUAUCAGAGGGGACCCCAAACAACAGUACUCUGUGCUUGUAUUCGUACUGCGUCCACAGCGUCUGUGUCUGCAGGUGUUUAAGCUGAGAGGGUUGAUGAAUGUGGGUCCUGAGUUCUUAAGAGUGCUGCACUAGGUUGUUCCCCUCCCUUUUUAGACUUUAUCCGUCACUGUGUGAAUGUGAAAAACUGAUCCUGGACUAGCAGAAUCUACUCGCUAUUGGACAGUUGCUCCCAGGUUUCCUAUGUGCCAGCUGAAGUAGGAACAGGAGAGACCUAAUGUAUCUGUUUUGUUUUUUUUUAUUAUUAUUAAAAUAUCACAAAUGCUUUGCUUUCCCUUUUGUUAUAAAAUUACUUAAAGCAUUAAAGCACAGUUGCUUUUCCCAGAAAUGUAUUUUGUAUUUGAAAUGUAUUUAUGUAAACUCUGUAUGGGGUAAAGUAUGUUAAAGCAUGAAUAAAGGCUGAAUGGAU